UUAUAUUCUACCUUCGAUGUAUUAAGGGAACCCAACCUACCUAACCUACAUAAUCACUGCCGACUGUUGUCGCGUGUUGUCGACUUAUUUAUCAUAAUUGUCGUUGUUUCCAUCAAAUGUCGAAUUAAAACGUUGAAUUAAAGUAUACAGGCAACCCACGAAAUUAGUGUCAACAUACACAAUGUCCAUAUUUGCGAGGCGGAUACUUUCAUGCAACUUCUCGAGAGAGUGGCAAUGUUUGCGACCUGUCAUCCGUAAUACUCAUCUUCUACGGUGUCAAUUGUCAACCCAGACUCAACCGAGCACAGAAGAAUCAAAUGUUUCCACCACCCCGGAAAGCUCGGAGGCCACGACGUUGGAUCCGCUGACGCAUCCCGACUUCUUCCAAGUGCACAAGAUGUUCACCGUGAGGGACCUGUACGACGCGCGGGUGCACUAUGGCCACAAGGAGACGUCGCUGCACGAGCAGAUGGAGACGUUCGUGUUUGGCUCCAGGAUGGGCCACCUGAUAAUCGACCUGGACCAGACCGCCGAGCUGUUGAGGCAGGCGUUGAACUUCACCGCCCACAUCGCCCUACGCGGCGGCAUCAUCCUGUUCAUCUCGCGCAAUCCCCAGGUGACGCAUCUGGUCGACCGGACGGCCAAGGAGUGCAGGGAGUUCUCGCAGACGCGUUACUGGCGCCCCGGGCUGUUCCCGAACUCGCAGAAUCAGUUCAAGGCGACGACGCGACUGCCGGACCUGUGCAUCUUCCUCAGCACCCUCGACUCCGUCAUGGCCGAGCACACGGCGGUGAGGCACGCGGCGAAGAUGUGCAUACCCACCAUCGGCAUAGUCGACACGAACUGCAAUCCGAAUCUUAUAACGUACCCCGUGCCCGGCAACGACGACUCCCCGUGCGCCAUCGAGCUCUACUGCUCGUUGUUCAAAGAGGCCAUCAUGAGAGGGAAGAAGGCUAGGGAACGGCUGAUGCAGUGUGCGGAGUCGGCUGAUGAGUAAUCUUUAAGUUAAAUCUUGGAUAAGUAAUUCAUGAUUAAGCAAAUAUGUAUAAGUGUACAAAAAAAUAUAACAAGACAUCAAAAUA